AAUGACGUUUGGCACGCAUGUGCCGAUAUCAUCUCUACCGUGGAGUUCAACCACACCGGAGAGCUGCUGGCCACAGGCGACAAGGGUGGCCGGGUUGUCAUCUUCCAGCGGGAACCAGAGAGUAAAAAUGCACCUCACAGCCAGGGCGAGUAUGACGUCUACAGCACUUUCCAGAGCCACGAGCCAGAGUUCGACUAUCUCAAGAGCCUGGAGAUAGAGGAGAAGAUCAACAAGAUCAAAUGGCUCCCUCAGCAGAACGCUGCCCACUCCCUGCUGUCCACCAACGAUAAAACUAUCAAAUUAUGGAAGAUUACCGAACGUGAUAAAAGACCCGAGGGCUAUAACCUAAAAGAUGAAGAAGGGAAACUCAAGGACCUGUCCACAGUGACGUCCCUACAGGUGCCGGUGCUGAAGCCCAUGGACCUGAUGGUGGAGGUGAGCCCGCGCAGGGUCUUCGCCAACGGCCACACCUACCACAUCAACUCCAUCUCCGUCAACAGCGACUGCGAGACGUACAUGUCGGCGGACGACCUGCGUAUCAACCUCUGGCACCUGGCCAUCACCGACAGGAGCUUCAAUAUCGUGGACAUCAAGCCAGCCAACAUGGAGGACCUCACGGAGGUGAUCACGGCGUCUGAGUUCCACCCGCACCACUGCAACCUCUUCGUCUACAGCAGCAGCAAGGGCUCCCUGCGUCUCUGUGACAUGCGGGCGGCCGCCCUGUGUGACAAGCACUCCAAACUCUUCGAGGAGCCCGAGGACCCCAGCAACCGCUCUUUCUUUUCGGAAAUAAUCUCCUCUGUGUCGGAUGUCAAAUUCAGCCACAGCGGCCGGUACAUGCUCACCCGGGAUUACCUCACUGUCAAGGUCUGGGACCUGAACAUGGAGGCGAGGCCCAUCGAGACCUACCAGGUCCACGAUUACCUUCGGAGCAAGCUCUGUUCUCUAUAUGAGAAUGACUGCAUUUUUGACAAGUUCGAAUGCGCCUGGAACGGGAGUGACAGCGUCAUCAUGACCGGGGCCUACAACAACUUCUUCCGCAUGUUUGACCGGAACACCAAGCGGGACGUGACCCUGGAGGCCUCCCGGGAGAGCAGCAAGCCCCGGGCAGUGCUCAAGCCGCGGCGCGUGUGUGUGGGCGGCAAACGCCGGCGGGACGACAUCAGCGUGGACAGCUUGGACUUCACCAAGAAGAUCCUGCACACGGCCUGGCACCCGGCCGAGAACAUCAUUGCCAUCGCUGCCACCAACAACCUGUACAUCUUCCAGGACAAGGUGAGCUCCGAGAUGCACUAGGCGUGCGCAGGGCCCACCCUGCGAGCCAGCCGUUGGCAGCUGCCCCGGCACGACCGUCAAACGGCAGCAUAGAAGAGGGGGACGAUGGCGGCGGUGACAAGGACAAGGGAGUGGCCUUGUCCUUCCCCCGGCGUCCCUAAGCCAGGCCACCUUUGGGCAGUUGUCUGUUUAAAAAGAAAGAAAACAAACGAUUCACAGCCACAAAUCGUGAAAUGGACGUGAUUGUCGGCUUUCAAGUUCAGGGUUCUUUCACUCCCGUACUUGACCUGCGUGCGGUCUUUACCACAUUGUUAGGAUUUUUACAUCUCUGGGUUAAUUUUUCACUCCAGCGGUUCCUUUCAGGGGAUGCGGGAGCCGAUGUGAGCUGUUUCUCUCACAGGCUGACUGGCCCCAGAUCAGGGCUCUGGGGACAGAUAAUGAAGCUCAGACAAGCCAGCCAGGGGUUCUUUGGUUAUAAGCGGAGCAAUUCCCACUGUCUCAGAGCUGCGGGCCUCACCUUUAAAUUUUGGAUCAUGAAUUCCAGCUGAGAAUUUGCAGAUGCAAGCUCUUUUAGGUUCUUUCCAGGUCUUUCAAUAUCCCCGGUCCAUUUUGGUUUCCUGAGAGGAAGGGGGGUGUGAAAUCUUCCCGUGUGUGCCUGUUAUUCUCACCAUUUCACCAACAUUUGCUGUGCACCUGCCGUGUACCAGGCAUGGCACUGGGUCCUUUAGGUGCAUUGAUUUAAGCCCUAUGCCUGCUCUGUGGGGCACCAUCACCCUUCAACAGUCACUGGGUACCUCAUGGGAACUCCUGCUGGGUCGGUCCAUGACCUUUUGGCAUCCUUGUCACGACCCUGAGAGUCGGGUGGGCGUCCAUUCAUUUCUUCCAUAAACGCCCACUGUUCACUGAGUGCCAGGCCCCGUGCCAUGUGCCAGGGAUUAAAAGAUGAACAAUUCAUCACCCCUAUUGUACACAUGAGGAAACCCAGGCCCCGGAACGAUGUACAGUCUGCCCAAGGCGCUCCAGGCAGGCAGGCGGUGCAGUCAGGGACCCCAUCCAGAUCUUCGCACAGGCACUUUUCUCUCCAUGUUGGUGGCUCACGUUAGAGCCAUGGUUUAGCCUGGAAGGUUUGGAGACAUUGCUUCAUCUGUGAAGCAGGACGAAGCAGGUGACACAAGGACCAAGGUGUCCAAGGGAGAAUGGAGAAGCCCCCGGUGGCUCCUUGCUGUUUGGUGACUUCAAAGCUCAGCCGUCCACGCGACUCCUCAUUGCGCCCUGGCCCUUUUCACAUGCACUGGACCGCCUCCGAAAGAAGAUUGCAUGUUAUAACCAUUUUAAGAUACCUUUUAUUUAUGACCGCACAGUCUCCAGGGACACUUUCUCCAGGGCCACAAUAGCUCCUUCUGCUCUGUCAAGACCAGCUCCACCCACUCCGCCAACCACGCACGUGUUGACUUUGCCCAGGAAAGGCAGCCGGUCCCGUGCUGUGCAUUUUGAUUCCGAAAGCAGCCUGCAGAGGCUCCACCAAAUCCAACCUUUUUUUACAAGAUGUAACCUAACCCAGGAAAUAGACCCACCUGAAAUUUUUGUCAGCGGAUAACGGUAUACUUUUGUGUGUGUCAAAGCACAAAACGCAUGUGCACUCACUUCCGGCCAUACGAUAUUUACACAAGGAAAUGGGUCCAUUGAUCUUUUUUUUUUUUUAAAUCAAAGUGAAUGAAGAAUGUUUGUUUAUAUAUCACUGUAAAAUCCAGGUGACCUGGACAGUAUUAUAUGUAUAUAUCUAUUCUAAUUAAAAUUAACAAUCACA